CGGGGGCUGGGGGGCCGGAGCCGGCCGCCCCACGAGAUGAGUUAUUGAGGUUAAGUCCUUAUUCAAAAAUCGACUAAGAGAAAAUUAAAAAAUAGAAAAAGAAGGUGAUAGUGAGAGAUAGAUAAGGUGUUGAAGGAUAGUUGGAGGAUGAAUACUAAAAUAAUCUUACCAAUAAAAACCAGACUUGAUUAUUGUAAUGAUAUUAAAAGUAGAAGGUGGAAUCGCAUGAACGUUCAACGCGCCCCCGAGUUCGCUUUUUUUUUUCGCAGACGAAAACACCAUGAAGAAAAUUGGUGAUACAAAUGAUACUGAAAAAAAGAGUUCACUUGAAGGAGGACCAGAUCCCUCAGCUCCAAUACAACGAAAAGGAGUUCUUACAUCAUUUUUAACUGGCAAACCCAUGGAAAUACCAGAACAGGAUAUUCUUGGCAAGUGUAGGUUUGUGUCAGAAUUUGAAAAACUGAAUCGUAUUGGUGAAGGUACUUAUGGUAUUGUUUAUCGAGCAAGAGACACGAAGAGUGACAAAGUUGUAGCUUUAAAGAAAGUACGAAUGGAACAAGAAAAAGAUGGCUUACCAAUUAGUGGUCUUAGAGAAAUCAGUGUGCUUUUGUCUUGUAAGCAUGAUAAUAUUGUCCAGUUAAAAGAAGUUGUUGUAGGAAAAAGUUUGGAAAGUAUAUUCUUAGCUAUGGAAUAUUGUGAACAAGAUCUUGCGAGCCUACUUGAUAACAUGCAAGCACCAUUUUCUGAAAGUCAAGUCAAGUGCAUCAUGCUCCAAGUUUUAAAAGGAUUGAAAUACCUACAUCAAAACUUUGUUGUACAUAGGGAUUUGAAAGUAUCCAAUUUACUAAUGACGGAUAAAGGAUGUGUCAAGAUUGCAGAUUUUGGUCUUGCUAGAUGGUUUGGUUUACCAUUGAAACCAAUGACACCUAGAGUUGUAACACUCUGGUAUAGAGCUCCAGAAUUACUUUUACAAGCCAAAACCCAAACAACCUCAGUGGAUAUGUGGGCAGCUGGUUGUAUUUUAGGUGAACUUCUAGGACAUAGACCUCUGUUGCCUGGAAGGUCAGAGAUUCAACAAUUGGAAUUAAUAGUUGAUUUAUUAGGAACUCCUAGUGAAGCCAUAUGGCCUGAAUUCAAUGCACUACCUGCUCUACAAAAUUUUACGCUCAAACAGCAACCUUAUAAUAAUUUAAAACAAAGAUUUCCUUGGUUGAGCGCUGCAGGUCUUAGGUUACUUAAUUUCCUCUUCAUGUAUGACCCAAAGAAACGAGCUACUGCUGAAGAAUGUUUACAAAGUAGUUACUUUAAGGAAGCACCUCUUCCUUGUGAUCCAAAGUUGAUGCCAACUUUCCCCCAACAUAGAAAUCUAAAGAAAACUGCACAAAAAGACGGCCGAGAGUUAGAAGCUACUGUCAAUGAUCAAACAAGCAACCUGCCAUCAGUCUCUGACUUGCUUGGAUCCCUAGUUAAGAAACGACGUGUCGAAUGAGUUGAACGAGUUGCUGAUUUAAUUGACGAUAUGCUGAAUUAGGAAUCAUGAACCGUUUGGAUGUUUUGAAACUUAAAUAAGAUUGGCCGUAAUGUUAUAACUUA